AUGGCUAAUACUCUUUGCCGUCGAGGUCCUCUCUUAAGGAGUCUUUCUGGGCUCCAACUCGGUAAUCAAUUGCGACGGGAGGCAACGGUGAAUAAUCUUCUCAACCGCAGAUUACCCUCUCGGACCGCUCUUUAUGCCGCUGCAUCGCCGCGCUCUAAUCGAAGCUCCUUAAAGCCACAGACCGUGCGUUGCGAAGCUGCAGAGAGAUUCAACGGCUCUAGAUCGGGAGCGGGAUCAAAUCCACGGCUCUCCGUGUUCGGAUCACCCCGUCCUUCCAUCGUGCAAAAUCCGUCUGCCCACACCCCUCUGCACGUCACCAGGGCGCGAAGGGGCUUUCUCUCGGAGCUGCAGUCAAUCAAAGACGAGGAGAACGUUGCGGGCCCCAUAUCGUAUGAGUCACCCCUGGACAUAGUGCUGUAUCCAGACCCGCGCUUGAGGGCGCCCAACAAGCGUGUGAACGUCUUUGAUGAGUCGCUGCAGAAGCUUGUAGCGGAGAUGUUCGAUGUCAUGUACAGAACGGAAGGAGUAGGAUUGUCAGCGCCACAGGUGGGGGUGAACGUGCGCCUAAUGGUUUACAACCCGGUGGGCGAGAGGGGCAAGGGCGUCGAGAUGGUGCUUGUGAAUCCGCGCAUUGUCAAGUACGCCAAGGCACGGGAUGUUAUCGAGGAGGGCUGCCUCUCCUUCCCUAAGAUCUAUGCUGAUGUCGAGCGGCCAAUGGGUGUGAAGGUGGAUGCUCAGGAUAUUAACGGUCGGAAAUUUAGCAUCAGUCUGAAAGAAUGGCAGGCACGGAUUUUUCAACAUGAGUACGAUCACCUGGAGGGGACCCUUUACUUCGAUCGAAUGACCCCGGAAGUUCUCGACACUAUUCGCAGCAAGCUCAUCGAGCUUGAGGACAAGUAUGCUGAAGCCACUGGUGCUCCACCGCCCGAGACUGUUUCUAAAAGACCAGUUGCUGCCAAGACUGCAGAUGCUGAUACGGACGGCACAGUGCCCAACACCCUUGUGGUCUCCAAUGCAUAUGUCGUCAAGCCUCGUGUCGCCGCUCCACGAGAUAUCUGCCGGUUCAAGUACGACAGGCGGUCGCCCUUUGUGCGCAAGUUCAAGACGAUCGUGCAUCCGGGCGAGGUGAACCGCAUCCGAGAGCUGGUGCAGAACCGCAACAUCAUCUUCACUCACACGGACAGCCCUGACGUGCUCAUGUGGCACGUGGAACGCCACCCCUUCUGCACUCCUUCCUUCAACACCCCAGCUUCCACUCCUGACCUGAUCCUGGUGGGGCACACGGAGGAUGCAGAAUUUGCCAUGGCGACCAGCCCGGUGGCCCCGCUGGUGAUCAGCGGCGGCAAGGACUGCAACGUGCUGCUCUGGAAUGUGGCGGACCAUGUCACAUCGCUGCAGUCAACUGCGGCUCUCCGCAAGCCCCACCUCACCGCCAAGCCGAAAGCCAAGGCAGCUGCUGCUUCCUCCGUGCCUUCCCGCGCUGGCCCCGCUGCCCCCCUUUCUUCUCGUGCCCGUGCUGACUCCCCUGCUCGUAGCGGGGGUAGAGGCGGGGGGGCGGGUGGGGACGGGGAAAGCACAUCAGGGGACGCGGAGAAGAAACGGAAGCGGGAGGAGGGUGUGGGAAAGGAAGGAGAAACGAAGGAAGGGGAGAAGGAGGAUGGUGGAGGGGAGGGGGAGAAGAGAGGUAGAGGAUUGGAAGGUAGCGGGAAGAAAGAGGAGAAAGAAGAGGAGGGAAAGGAGGGAAGGGGGGGCAAGCAGGAGGUGGCAAAAAGGGAGAAUGGGGAGGAGGGGAAGCUGGAGGAGGAUAAAGUGGAGGAGGGAGAGAAGAAGGUAGUGAAGGAAGAGGAGGGGAAAGGGAAGGAGGAGGAUGGGGAAGAGAAGGAAGGGGAGGAGAAAGAAAAGGAGGGGGAGGGGAAAGAGAAGGAAGAGGGUACGAAGGGAGAGGAGGAGUCUAAGGAGAAAGGUUCUGAGGGAGAGGUGAAGGUUGUGGAAGGGGAAGGGAAAGCAGAGGAUGGGGCAGAGACGAAAGAAGAGACAGAGGGGAAAAAAGCGGGAGGGGAGGAGGCAGGGAGCAAGGAUGAAGAGAAAAAGAAAGAGGGUGGUGAUGAUGCUGAAACACCUGCUUCCGCCGCUCCUGCUGGUGCAGAUGCAGAUAAGCCAGCAGAAGCAGUGAACGAGAGUGAGGGCAUGGAGGUGGAUAAGGCUGGAAGUGAGAAGCCAGGGGGGGAAGGGGGUGCAGUGGGGAAAGAGGAGGUGAAGGAGGAGGAAGCGAUUGAGGAAAAAAAGGAGGGGAAGAGCAAGGAGGGAAGAACAGUUAGAAAAGAAGACGGGGCACCAACGGGAAUGGUCAUUGACGAGGCAACUGGUGGUGGUGCUGGCGCUGCUGCUGCUGCUCCUGGUGAUGAUGAAGCAGAGGCAGAUGCACACGGUGCAGGCAAGCCCACUGCUGCAACCCGGUCCUCCUCCCCUUCCCCUCCACUCAAGCUCGGAUCCGCCCCGAAAUCCACUAGCCUGGCUCCCCGGGGGGUGUUCAAGGGGCACACAGCAACCGUGGAGGACGUGUGCUUCCACCCCUCGCACUCCCAGCAGUUCUGCUCCGUUGGCGACGACCACAGGCUGCUGCUGUGGGACGCAAGGACGGGCGGAGAGAAGGGGCCGUGUCAGAGGGUGGAGAAGGCUCAUGAUGCUGAUGUGCACUGUGUGGAUUGGAACGGGAGGAAUGAGAAUCUGGUGGUGACGGGGGGAGCGGAUAAGAGCGUGAGGUUGUUUGAUUGGUGUCCCGACAGCCCCACAGUGUUUGCCAGCUGUGCAGAGGACGGCCUGGUCAACAUCUGGGACUGCUCCCUGCUGCAUGUGGAGGCGGUGAAGUCGUCUCGAGCGGACGGUGUGCCGCCCGGUCUGCUCUUCCAACACGUGGGCCACCAGGACCGAGUGAUUGAGUUCCAGUGGGCGCCAAAGGACCCGUGGACGUUUGCGAGUGUGUCAAGCAACGUAAACAAGCGACGGGGAGGAGGCACGCUGCAGAUGUGGCGAGUUUUGGACCUCAUCUACCGGCCGGCUAAAGACGUGGUUAUUGACCUUAACCGCUACUCACCUAAUGCUUCAGGCGGCAUGGCGAUGAGUACGGACAUGGUCCUGCCGGGAACCGUGCUUCACACGGAUCUUGCGCAGGAGCUCGCCUCGCGGGGGUUCGUCGACAAUCUCCGCCCGCCCAUGGCGGCGGCCGCAGAGCUGCUUAGCGCUGUCGGAAGAAGCGGAGAUGGCAGUAACGAGGAUGAAGACGUGGAACUUUGGCUUGUGCAGAUGCCAGACGCUAAAAGUUUGGACCUCCGCGCGCUCGACGGCGCGCAGCUCCACGUACAGGCGGGCGCACGGGGGGAAGCGGGUGCACAGGGGGACGGGCGGAGAGUGGAGCCAAUCACGGAGCUCGCACUCGUGUCGGACCCACUGCCCCGUGGGGGACUUGUUGCUGUUCUGCCUGGCUGUGACGGCCGCCCUCCCAUUGUGCGGCCAAUCACUCGCUCCGUGACGUGUGUGUCUGCUGCUGCCGUGCCACAGCCUGAGUCCACUCCAGCGCUCCUUCAAGAAUCUUUGUCUGCCAAGAAGAAAGCCAAGCAAAAGAGGCUUGCUGAUAAGGCGGAACUAGGAGAGAAGGCCGAGACUCCCAAAAUGAAGAAAAAGCAGAAAGCAGAUGCUGAGGAACAUGCUGGCGGAAGUGAGGGCCUUCUGGAAGGCAGGGGCAAAGUACUAUCUGGGCCGUUCGUUCCAAUCGCUGCUGAUGCGGACACAAUCGACGAUUCUGAAGAGCCCAGGCAGGACAUCUCGCAUCCCCGUCGCCUGCACCAUAGCGGGCCGAUCAACAUUGGCAACCGGAAGAAGGCUAUUUUCGCUGCUGCUCUUGAAGCAAGACAGGCGAAGAGGAGCGGUACUGCGGAUGGGGCUGCCGCUGCUGCUGCUGCUGCUGCUGUUUCUGCUGCUGAGGGUGUUGUUGCUGCUGAAACUGGCAGUUCUGGUGAUGCUUCUGUUGCUGGUGACGCUGGUCGAUGUGCUGUUGCUGGCAGUGGCAGCAGUGGUGCUGAAGGUGAAGCUGAUGAUGGUGGUCGCUACGUUGCUACAGUUGCAGAAGCCUCGUCUCCUCCCAAUCCACUCUCCCCUCUAAGCGAUGGCUCCUCUGACUCCUACUCUACCUCGCCUCCACAUGCUCUGGACCGCAGCGUGACGGAACCCAGUCAACACAAGUCAACGCUUUCACCAACCUCAGCCAUACAGGGCACGAACGCAGAAGCAGAGGGGGUAGAGGACGCUGAGGAGGGCGAACGAGGGCAAGAGGAGGGGGCGGGGAAAGGGUUAGGGGCUGGGGUUGUGCGGCUGCAUACGAAAAUCUCCAAGGCAGUGGACAAGAGAAUGUCGGCUCGCGGGGGUGAAGCAGGUUUUACGUUCAUGCGAGGCUUGAAUGGGAGGCGCAGAGACAGAAAAGGAGGCUCUGGAGCUUCCCCUUUGGAUCUGGGCAGAGGAGAAGGCGAGGGAGGAGGGGCAGGAGGAGGAGCAGGAGCAGGGGGAGGAGGAGCAGGGGGGUUGCGCUUCCUGUCGCCUGGCAUGGCUCGGAACCAUAGCGUUCCAGUCGGCGCUGGUGAAUCCGCUCGCCCUCCCAAGGUGGAUAAAGUUGUCUACGGCCCUCCUGUGCGUGUCCCAAUCGAUCCCAGUCGUCCAAUCGCUCUGUCGAUCCGUCCACGCCCUCGAUCUGGAGCCCUGCCUCAAGGCACACCCCAUGGCAGCCGAACGUGCCUGCUGGUAACCCUAGAUUCGAUGAUUUUCUUGGUUACAGAUGAUGGGAUCAGGGUGUGGGAUAUCCAACACGUGAUGACUGCACAGGGGGCCUCGGGAUUUGGAAACCCAAGGGGGGAUGAAGAGGCAGCAGCGUUCUUCUGGGUGCCAUUUGGGGCAGGUGUAUCUGCAGCCAAGAGCAUUGUAGCAGAUAUCAAGGGACGGAUGGUUCUCACCGGGCACAGGGAUGGAAGGGUGCUGGUAUGGAAGGUGAGGGAGAGGGGAGCCGAGAGAGAGGGUGUGACAGAGGGCGAAGGAGCAGCACAGGCACAGGGUAGUAGCAGCGGCAGGGGGGCGGGAGGAGGAUGGGUAAAAGCCAGCGGGGGAGCAGCGAUAGGCAAGGACGACUCAGGAGGUGGGGGAGGGGAGAAAGAGCCUGGAUGGAAGGUGUGGGUGGAGCUGGUCGCAGAGUGGCAGGCACACACCACCACCGUGACUGCCCUGGUAGUCACUUCGUAUGACCCAGCUACAGGGCAGGUGUGGAGUAUCGGAGCUGCUUCCAUCUCCAUCUGGGAUGCAAGGAAGCGGGCGCUGGUGUGUCAUGUGAAGGUGAAGGACGAGGAGAGGGCAGCUGCGGAUACCUCCUCUGGCGCUGUUGCCUCUGGGGCCAACAGCGCUACAUCCGCCCCCACUGCCAACGGCAAUGGUGAAGCACCAGUGGUGGCAGGUACACCUGCAACGGGUGAGGAGGAACUUUCCUCUUCCUCCUCCUCCGCCUCCACCUCCUACUCCUCCUCCUCUUCCCGCCCCCCCAAGCGCAAGCUGCACGCGGUCGCGCCAGCUGGCGACGGCACGGUGUGGAUCGGGCACGGGUCGGGCAUGCUGAGGCAGUACGACUGGGCGGGCGGCAGACUGCAGGAGGUGGUGAUGGAGGCCGGCGUGUGCUGUCUCUGUGUGGUGGGGCUGCGGCUAUGGGUGGGCACGGCGGAUGGGAAUAUUACAGUGCUGCAUGUGCGCACAGGGAGACAGAUCGGGGCAUGGCAGGCUCACUCUCACCCCCCAUGCUCGAAAGCAACAGCCAAGGCCGCACGAGCAGCAGCGUCAGCAACAGCAACCCCUUUUCCUUCCUCUGGAACCGCAUCGGACCUGUCUCAACCUUCAGACGACGCAGCCCUCUCCUCGCAGGGCUCAUCAGCAGCAGCGGCAGCGGCGGCAGCUGCAGCGGCGACGCCAGCAGCAAUCCGCCAGUUGGCACGGUGCAGCAGCUUCAUAGUGUGUGUGUCCCGCACGGGGCAGGUGAGUGCAUGGCUGGCGGCUAUCCCAGGCCCGGUGGACCCGACACUCCGUGCCACCCUCUCCUCCUCCUCCGCUCUCUUUACAUCUCGGCAGAGAUUCCGCCUUGCUGCCUGCACGUGGAACGUCGGGGAGGAGAGAGCGGUGCAGAGGAGUGUGGAGGCGUGGCUGGGGGAGGUAGCAGGAGACGGGGCGGAGGGGGAGGAAGGGGCGGAUGGGGCAGACCAGACGGAUGGGGCAGGGGGGGCGGAUGUAGGGAAUUGUGGGGGAGGAGCAGAUAUAGUAGCAGUGGGGUUGCAAGAAGUGGAGAUGAAUGCAGGGGCGAUAGCCAUAGCAGCUGCCAAGGAGUCAGUGCGUCUGGGCCUGCAGGAGCGGGGGUCUGCUCUGGGGGCGCACUGGGUGGCAACGAUUGGCGCUGCUCUGGCGUCCCGAGGGGCGUUUGUGCGGAUAGUGUCAAGGCAGAUGGCGGGGAUUCUUAUUACUGUGUGGGCGAGGGCGUCGUUUGCCCCUCUCAUUCGGGAUGUGGAGGUGGGAGCUGUUCCUCGGGGGUUUGGCCGCACGUUGGGGAACAAGGGAGCGGUGGCGGUGCGCAUGAGUGUGUGUGGGCGCAGCGUGGCGGUCAUCAGCUGCCAUCUAGCCGCUCACAUGGAGGGCGUGGCCAAGCGCAACGAGGACUGGCGCCGCAUCUACCGCCACCUCUCCUUCUACCGCCCCCAAACCACCCUCGCUGCUGCAUCCUCCGCUGCUAAAGCUGCUGGGGGCGGCUUGAAAGCAUCAAGGGAUGAUGACUGGCGCUGCAUCUACUGCCACCUCUCCUUCUACCGCCCUCCAACCACCCUUGCCCUCACUGCCUCCUCCGCUGCCAAAGCUGCAGGUGGCGGCUUGAAAGGUGAGGAUCUAGAGGACAUGACGACGCCAGAGUUAGCAGAGGCCGACCUGCUGGUGUGGAUGAGCGACCUCAGCUACCGAGUGGAGGGCGUGUCUCACGAGCAUGCAAGGCUCCAGGUGACAGCACGCACAUCCCUUACGAUACCUCCCAUCACCCACCCCUCCUUUCAGGACCUGGAGGAGAUGAAGACGCCAGAGUUAGCAGAGGCCGACCUGCUGGUGUGGAUGGGCGAUUUGAACUACCGGGUGGAGGGUGUGUCUCACGAGCACGCCAGGAACCAGGUGGCGGCCCGCAACCUGCCUGCUCUGCUGGCUAACGACCAGCUGCUCAAAGAGAUGGCGGGCGGGCGGGCGUUUCGAGGGAUGGAGGAGGGGCUCAUCGCCUUCCCCCCCACCUACAAGUUCGACCGCGGCACACCCGACCCGCUGGCAUAUGACUCGGGGGAGAAGCGCCGUGUGCCUGCGUGGUGCGACCGAGUGCUCUUCCGCGAUAGCUUCACUCCUAGCCUGCCGCCCGCGCUGCCGCCCACUCUGGGCCCCUCACUGCCGCCCACUCUGGGCCCCUCACUGCCGCCCAUCCUAGCGCCUUCUCUGCCUCUGUCCCUCUCCUUGCCUGCUGCUCCAAACAACCCCAGCCAGCCUCUCGGUGGCAGCGGGCGAGGGGAUUGGCAGAGGGGGAAGAUGGUGCGGGCAGGAGGUGGAUUCCCUCUCUGGCUCAAGGUGCUACCUGGGGCAGGCAUCCUCAUUGCUGGCGGCAGCAUGACCAUCAACUUCUGCGUGUCCACUUCCCAUGCUGCACCGCCUGUUUCCCCUGCCAACACGGAGCACACAGAGAACAAAGGGCACACAGAGCAGCAUGAGCAGCACAAACUAGAUAGCACCCUGCUGUUGCAGCCAGAGGAGGUGAAGCCUGUGGGAAGGUCUGGUGAGGAGACGGAGGUGGGACAGGAACAGCCGCGAUCACUCGCCAUGACUGCGCGCACCUCCCGCAUCCCUGCAUUCGGCGACUGGGCUCUCGACGACUACGAUGACAGCCAGGGCGACGGGUCGGAGCGUCGAUUAAAGUACACCCACGAGUUCGCGCUCCUCCGCCAGAAGCCCCGCGGCCCGCCUUCCCCGCACUCUCUGCUUCUGGACGCCGCUUCUUUCGACUCCGCCACCCCUUCUCUCCCCCCCUUGUCCUCCACACCUUCCGCCGCCUCCGCCUCCUCCGCCGCGUCUGACGCUUCCGUCGUUUCCGCCUCUUCUUUUGACACAUCAUCUCGGCAUUCUCGAGGUUCGAGCAGGGAUUGCAAUGGUGUCGACAAGAGCCCACCUGCGACUACGAGAGACGCGAACGCAAAGAUUCAUGAUGACGUGGACCGAAUCCUGGCGUCCACGUCAGCCCUGUCCCCCGUGUCUCCAGCAGCGGACACAUGUCUGUUCCCGCAAUGGGCGCCGAUCCUUCCGCAAAGGCGAAUCAGCCAGGGACGGAAAGGCGGUUUCCUUACAGCUAGCAGCAGUAGAAGCAGCGGAAAAGCCGUUAGCAGGAGCAAUAGCAGCGGCAGCAGCGGCAGCGGCGGCAGCGGCGGCAGCAGUAAGAAUGCGAGCAAGCGGAGGGAGCUCCCGGUGCUGUUAAGCGCAUCCCAGCUCGAUCAACUCAACAUGCCCCCGCCGCCGCCGCUGCUCCCUCUCUCCGCCAGCUCCUCUCUCCAAGCGUCCGAUUCCGGUGCCGACUCUACCGACGCGCUAAUCGUUGCCAACGAUGCCGACGAUUCGAGCUCGCUUGCGAAACAUCGCACAGCCGAGUGCGCUUCGCCGUCGCGUCCUCGUGACGAUCAUAGCGGAAGCGACUCUCCGUCUUUCGACUCGCCUCCCCUUCCCCGAUAUUCCUUCACCUUUCACACGCCGGCUCCCGGGGAGAUUUGCGCUUCAGGCGCAUCCUGCGCGGAUUCUUCCGCUCCUGGCGCAACCAGCGGCGAGGCUUCCCCAGGCGAGGCGGCGGAGCGGGUCCGCCAGCGGCUGCGCAACUCGCGCAGCCUCCGCAUUUCCGUCUCGCGCCAGCUCAUGGACAGCAGCAACAGCGCGCCGUCCUCCCCCGUGCGCGCAUCCGGCGCAUUCGGUUCCCCCUUCGGUUCCCCCUCCGCAUUCCCCUGUGAAAACGGCGCAUCUGCAACCCCGGGGCGGAGAGGGUCGCGCGCGCAGGACGCGGCGGCGGCGGAUAGAUGUUGGGAUGACUCGUCAGUGCUGGCGCUAUUAGAGCACAGCCGGCUGUGCCGCCAGGAGGUGGUGCAGCUGCUCGGGCUGUGCCAGCCUGGCCUCGCCCCGCUUGCGCCCUCGGCGCAACCUGCGCCGGUUGCGCCAGUUGCGGCGGCCGCGCCAACUACGCCAGCUGCGCCGCGCGCGCCAGAUGCGCCAGGUGCACCAGUGGUGUCGAGUGCCGGGCUUAUGAAGGAAAUCAGCGGCGGGGAGCGUCAGGCGGAAGCCCCUGCGCUGGUGCCUACAGCGGGUGGGACAGGUGAAGCAGAGUUGAAGGGUGCAACAGCAUGUGACCAGAGCAGAGCGGAGCAGCCGCGUGCAAUGAUAGGCAGCACCACGCCACGUAGGACUCAUGCAGAGGAAAUUGAGAAUCUGCUGAGUGCAAGUGUGGCGGCAAGAGCGGGAGCAGGUGCGGAUGGAAGUGUGGUUCCGUGCAUGGGGGGGAUAGGCGGAACGGGCCGGGCGGCAUUGCGUGUUGCACCAGCCCCGAGUGAUCCGUCCAGUGCUGCUCCCUCACCUGCUCCGCACAGUGUUGCUCCCGUGCAGCCGCGCGGCAGGGCUGUCCCCCCCACCAUGUCAUCCGCGUUAAAGUACAAUGCGGGUGCAGAGGAUAAGGGGUUCAGUGUGAUGUUUGCUGAGAUGCGGCAGAGGCGACAGCAGGAAAAGGCAGCUGCUGAAGCCACUGGUGCUGCUGCUGCUGGGGUUGCUGGGGAUUCUGAGGAGAAUAAAAUCCACGGUACAACUGUAGCAGCAGGUUCAUGUGGAGAAAUGAGUGCAGACAGCAGCAGCCGCCCCAAGGGCAAAGCUGCCUGUGGUUCCAGCAAGGGUCUACAGUGGAUUGGUGUUCGAGCGGACGAUAUGGAUUUUAUUCUGAAAGAAUUAGCAGAGGCAGCCAUGGGAGGAGGGGAGGAAGUGGCUGGGUUUGAUGAGUUUGGGGGAGAGGAGGGAGAGACUGAUGGGACUGAGGAAGAGGCAGGGGGAUCAUCGGAGAGUGACUAUGUCAGUGAGGAGACUAGUGAUUGUGAUUGUAGCGAAGCGGAGAGGAGGGACAAUGAGUUGAUUGCGGUGCUGAGAAAGGCGCAGGGCAGGGACUGGUGCUGCGCGUGCGGUAGGGAAGGAGAAGCUGGUCAGCAUCUUGCUGUUAUGGUGGAAGUUGAAGACAACAAACACCAAGUGCAUUGGCUGCGACGAACUCAGAGCAGAACAAAGGCUGCUUUCCGCAAGCUGCGGCAGCUGGUUCUGGGUCGGCCAGCUCAAAUAAUGCCAUGA